AGGAAGGUAGUGACGUCAUGGGUAAACAGGUUCUGUAGCCGUGGCAGCGGCCGUGGCAGGCUGACUGGGUACCGGCUACCGCUGACCCGGGAGAAGCUGCCUGUCUACAUCAGCCUGGGCUGCAGCGCGCUGCCGCCGCGGGGCCGGCAGCUGAACUAUGCGCUCUUCAGGGCGGGCACCGUGUUGCAUUCAUCUUUGUACCCCCAGCAUCUAGCAGUGUUGGCAUGUAGUAGGCACUCAAGAAAUGUGUGUUGAAUGAACGAUGCCUGUGACAAGGCAAGCGGACUUUAUUCUUUCCUGACCCUUGCUCCUAUGACACACCUCCUCCUGACUGCCACUGUCACUCCUUCAGAGCAGAAUUCCUCUAGGAAGUCUGGAUGGGAAACAGCCAUGGCCAAGGACAUCCUGGGUGAAGCAGGGCUGCACUUUGAUGAACUGAACAAGCUGCGGGUGUUGGACCCAGAGGUUACCCAGCAGACCAUAGAGCUGAAGGAAGAGUGCAAAGACUUUGUGGACAAAAUUGGCCAGUUUCAGAAAAUAGUUGGUGGUUUAAUUGAGCUUGUUGAUCAACUUGCAAAAGAAGCAGAAAAUGAAAAGAUGAAGGCCAUCGGUGCUCGGAACUUGCUCAAAUCUAUAGCAAAGCAGAGAGAAGCUCAACAGCAGCAACUUCAAGCACUAAUAGCAGAAAAGAAAAUGCAGCUAGAAAGGUAUCGGGUUGAAUAUGAAGCUUUGUGUAAAGUAGAAGCAGAACAAAAUGAAUUUAUUGACCAAUUUAUUUUUCAGAAAUGAACUGAAAAUUUCACUUUUAUAGUAGGAAGGCAAAACAAAAAAAGCCCCUCAAAACCAAGAAAACCUCUGUAGCAUUCCAGCGGCUUGACCAAUGACCUGUCACAAGAGGUGGCGUGUAAGGAACGCAGCCCCCUGAAGACAGCAAUACAAGUCCGGGGGAGCCAGUUUUAAACAUCAGUGCACAGCUGCUGCUGGUGGCCCUGCAGUGUACGUUCUCACCUCUUAUGCUUAGUUGGAACUAAGCAGUUUGUAAACUUUCAUCCUUUUUUUGUAAAUUCACAAAGCUUUGGAAGGAUAAUACAUUUUUGUUUUCAAA